AUGGAGUCCAGCAGUAUUCGCUUCACGGCGGCAGAGGGGGGCGCGCGUCUUGCAGCCAACGCCGGGUCACAGAAUGUACUCGUCACUGAACACACGGCAUUCGUAGCUACCAGUGUACUGUUAGAACAUGCCUAUAUGAUACGAGGUCCUCUUACAUCUGAUCGUAAACGAUCGUUCUACAUAACACGCGCUUCCCGAACUCGAUGUACGGCGCACGAGCUCUCAAUACUGACGGAUCUCAAAGUGAGCAGGGUCAAUGACAUCCAGGAAGUUGAAGAUUGGGCCAUGGAGGUCGAAAAUAAGGAGGUGUUCGUAUGUACUUCGACGGUAUUCAAGUACGUCUUGGAAGAAAAGAUUCUGAGUAUGCAACAGAUAAAUGUAUUGAUAAUUGAUAGCUGCCACCUUAUAUUCAAGGAUCAAGAUUUGCAAUAUAUAAUGUCCUGUUACAAAGAAUCCGAUGAAUGUAAAAGACCUCGUAUACUAGCUUUGACAUAUCCAUUGUUUACGUUACCAAAAGAUAAUGAUAAUAACGAAAAUAACGAAAAUAAUGAUAAUAAUGACAAUGAUGAUCAUCACAAUGAUAUAACCAACGGUGAUGAUAAUGAUGACAUCGAAAGAGAAAUAAAAGGUGAUAAAGAACUGAUAGAAAAUAAUGAUGAUAAGACAGACAGUGAUAAUGAUAAUAUUGAUGAUUUUGAUUUGUACGAGAAAUUGGAGUGGAAAAUUGAAGAAUUGGAGAAGAUUUUAUGCUGCAAGAUGGAUCUGGCUGAGGAUAUUGAUAGUGGGAAACGCAUGUCAUCUUCAUUGGCGAAACCCAAAGAGGUUAUAAUAGAGUAUAGACCUCGUGCUAGUAGUACAGAAUUACCAGAAGAUUACAUACAACUGGAAGAAUAUAUGAGGGACGCGGUGAAUAGUGCGUUGGAGUUCAUUAAUGAACACAGGUACGACCCCACGGAAAUAUACGGCGAAGACAUGUAUGAAGAAUUCAAGAACAUUCCCGACCCAACUCUCGAGCCUAAAGCCAUAUUCAAACAAUUUUUAUAUGUUUUGGACCAACUUGGUCCUUACGCAGCAGAUAAAGCAGCGUUCUCAUUACUCAUUAAAUUGGAAAAAUUAAAAAUCAAAGUGCCAUAUGAGAGACAUUUCCUUCUAUUGUGUGUGUGUACGUCUGUAUUCGUCAAGAUUAGGUGUUUUACGGACAGCAUUCUGUCAAAAUAUGAUAACGAUUGGGAAAAAAUAACAACUUUCUUGACUCCGAAAAUGCUGAGGUUAGCAGAGAUUCUGGAGCAAUUCUAUCAAAACGAAUCAGCUGAUAAAUUAGAGAACGAAAAGGACUUAAAAAAUUGUAUAGACGAAAAAGUCGAAGAUAAUGUUAACAAAAACGGUAGCUCAGAACCUUCUAGCGAAACAAAAACAGAUAUAUCAAAAACUAAUCAGCUUUUAAACGAAAUAGAUAAAUGCGAUUUCGUAACACUCGGAAACAAAAUCGAAGACAGAGUUCAUAUAUACGAAGCUAAUCUAAAAGAUUAUGAUGAAAAUUAUACAGGAGAAAAAAAUACAAAAUGUUCGGAAGUUGAGAACAAAAAUGGUGAAAGUGAAAAUAAAAUUGAUGAUAGUGUUAAAAAUGAUAAUGUUAUCGAUAUAAUGAGUGAAUCUCCGAAAUUCAAACGUCAAGGUCAUAGGUCAAGAGGUCGGGGUCGAGUGUCAAGGGUGAAUAAGGUCCAAAUGCAGGCAAACCCGGAUGCGUUAUGUGGUAUUGUGUUCGUGAAGGAGCCUUUGAUGGCUAAAAUAUUGUUCAUGCUGAUAGUGGAUUUAUCCCGUUCCCGACCGACGCUGUCACAUUUAUGCGCCCAAUAUUGUACUGAUGAAGGAGACGCAAAAGAACAUAGAAGACAUGAGGAAGUUCUUAAAAAGUUUCGUAUGCAUGAAUGUAAUCUAUUACUAGCCACAUCAGUGCUAGAAGAAGGUAUUGAUCUACCACGUUGUAAUCUCGUAGUCAGAUGGGAUAUGCCUCCUUCGUAUCGAUCACACGCUUUAUGCCGAGGUCGAGCACGCGCAUGUCGUGCAGCGGUUACCUUACUCUCGAAAGCCGAAACGCAUACAGAUCGACUAUUACAUCAUCUCGCUAUUUAUAGGGAGCUAGAUCAGAUAAUAACAAGGAAAUGCGGCUGCGGAAUUCAAUAUGAACCUCCGCAGGAAGAAGAAAAUCACGCGGAUACAGUAGCAUUCAUAGUUAAAUCAUAUACACCUUUAGAGAAUAAAAUAAAAAAAUGUGAAAGUAUAGAAAUUUGUGAUAAAGUUGGACCGUGUUUAGGAAAUUCUAUCAAUGAUAUUGAAGAAAAAUUAGUUUUAGAUGAAAAUUGUAUAACAGAAAACGAAGACUGUACCAAAGAAAAAAAUAGUGUGAUAUACCAAGAUAUAGUAAAUAAAGAAAUAAGCGAAAUUAUCAAUGGUGAUAAAAAUAAUCAUAUUAUGAAAAGUAUAGAAAAUUUCCAAAAUAAAAUCGAAGCAAAUGCUUCCAUUGAUGAAAUUUCUCAAACAAUCGCUAAUAUUGAAGUCAAAGAUGAUUCAGAUGUUAACAAAACGUUAGAUUUUCGCGAAAACGAUAAAAAACUUGAAAAUAUUAAGUACGAAUAUAAAGUUAAGAAUGGUAAUGAUGAGACUUUGGCGAGCGUGGAUUUGAAUACAGCUAUAGCAUUGAUUAAUAGAUAUUGUGGUAAACUACCCUCGGAUACGUUCACUCGCCUAACGGCACAGUGGCGUACUGAACGCGUUGUUUUGAAGGACAGACGAGGAGAGCCGCGGGACGCGUAUGUAUGUACACUACGAAUGCCGCUGAACUGCCCCGUGAAGUUUAAUAUUGUGGGUCACCCUAUGCCAACGAGAUCUUUGGCAAGACGAAUGGCUGCACUGCUUGCGAGUAGAGUGUUACAUCGCGUUGGAGAACUUGAUGACCAAUUACUACCGAUAGGUAAAGAAAACUUCAAAGCCGCUGAAAUGGAGAAUAUAAAUUUGGAAGAAUCGGGUGAAAAUGCGCGACCGGGUACAACGAAGAGGAGGCAGUAUUAUUAUAAACGGACGGCAGCUGCCUUAACUAAUUGCAGACCGAUAGUCGAGUACACCGAUGAAGACGUAGAAAAAAAUCCUCAUACUAGCGAAUCGGGAAAAGUUGUGUCUCGUAAUACACUGUACGCGAUAGAAUCACGUCUUUGUUGCGCUCUGCCCGAAAGAUACAACACUCGAGGUAGAAGAUUACACGCACCACAGAAUGCCAGUCAAGCGAUCGGCAUACUUAUGUUAGGUGGGACGAGAUUCAUGGAGUUUGUAUUCUCGGACGUACUUCGCGUGCGUCGCCGCGGUAUGAAGCUAGCUGAUAAUACACCCAAUAACUACUACGUAGUACCGACUGUUAAGAAAACAUCAACCGAUGGUACAACAUGGAUAGAUAUAGAUUGGCCAUUCUUAGAUCUAAUAUAUCAGCAUACAGAAGAGAAGAGAUGUUUAGAUAUAGAUAAGCCGAUGUUGUGGGCAGAAGAGAAUAAGAAAGAGGAUAAAAAAGGAAAGAAAAUUGAGAACCCUCUGUUAAAACCGGGAGAAGUGUUUGUGUUUGACGCGGAGAAAUACAAAGAGGCGGUUGUAACGCCCUGGUAUAGAAAUCAAGAUCAACCACAAUUUUUCCUAGUAGCGGAGAUAUGUUGGAAUCUAACUCCUGAUUCGUCGUUCCCGUCUUCGCAACACGCUAGCUUCAGAUCGUACUACAAAAGCAAGUACGGCGCCGAGCUAACUCAGAGCAAUCAACCGCUACUUGAUGUUGAUCAUACGAGUGCGAGGCUGAACUUGCUCACGCCGAGAUACGUGAAUCGUAAAGGCGUAGCACUGCCUGUAUCGUCGGAGCGAACUCGUCGCGCCAAGAGAGAUCGUCUGGAUCAGAAGCAGAUCCUGGUUGCAGAGCUAUGUGUGAGACAUCCAUUCGCCGCGCCGCUGUGGUGUGCGGCAGUCGCUCUGCCAUGUGCUUUAUACCGUAUAAACGCAUUGCUGUUAGCUGAUGAAGUAAGACGCGCUGUGUCAAGAGAUGUAGGUGUUGGGCAACCAAGAGAUGAUAUAUCAUGGCCACCGCUGGACUUUGGGUGGAGCUUAGCGGAGGUUCUAAACGCUGAUUCAGAUAAAGGAGAUAAGAAAAAAGACAAUGAAAUAAGUGAUGGCUGUCCCAGAGAUACUGAGAAAGAUAUUCAGAAAGAAACAGAAGAAAAAACAGAAGUCAAAGAGAAGACUAUUAAUGAUAUAUUACAAGAGAAAGAAGAUGCUGAGAAUGGUUUCGAAAUAGGCACAUGGAGUAAUGAUAUGGCGUCCUCGAUACCGCUCGAUGAAUUAAUGGAACCUUUGCCACCAAAUGUUACUUUCUGUACUUCAAGCUCUGGAGGUGCGAAUUGGUCUGAUCCCAUAGACAAACCUAAAAAUGAUUUCAAUCCUACCAGAACGUUCUCUAUGGCUGACAGCGAUUGUUCAUACAUGUCCAGCGAUUUUGAUACCGACGAUUCAAAUAUGUCUGAUAGCGAUGAUGAUAUGGAUACGACCGGCUUCUGUAGCAGCAAAAAUACUAACGCGGCGAUGGGAGUCAGAAUAGAAUACAAAACCGCUCACGAAGCAGAGGCUGUAGAUAUAGAACGAAGAAGACCUAUAGCGCCCGCUCCUCAAAAUGACGCAUUAGAUGAUGCUCGAGACUUGAAGGAGUGGGGGGAAGUGUUGAGAGAAGGAAACGCCCCGGAAGAGUACGUGAAGAAAUUCAAGAACGCAGUAUUGAAACACGAAGCGGAAAUAAAGGAAAAAGGAUUUUUAGUCGACAAAAAUACGCCUAUAAUUGAGUUACUUCCUGAAACUGUAAAAGAAUUAGACAAAAAUAAUGAACUAUUGAAAAUAACAAAUAAAAAUGAUUCCAAUCUAAAUGGCGACAAUAAAUUGACAAUAGAAGAUUGUAAUAGUGAUAUACAAAUAAAAGAUAAAGAUAAAAAUAUAACAGAAUUAUUAGACGAUAUAUUUCCUUACGGUAAUCUAUUACUAAUCGAAAACGGUCAAAUCACAUUAGAAUCGAUAGAAAGAAAUAAAAGAGUAUUAUUAAAAGAAAUAAAAGAUAGUUUGAAUGAAGAAGAGAUAAAAAAGAUGCAAUGCUUCUCAAUGAAAGACGUAGAUAUAGAUUCACCAGAUUAUGUUAAUGAGAAAAUAGUCAAUGUUGGCUUCGAUACGAAAGACAAAUAUAUAGAUAGAGUUAAUAAUUGGAGAGACAAGGAAUUUAAACCUUAUUAUCUAGACAGUAAUGGUAUUAAUGGCAAGGAAUUCGAUUUUGAUUAUCAACCAGAUUUGGAAGGACACCCGGGGCCAAGUCCUAGUGUUAUUCUACAGGCUUUAACGAUGUCAAACGCAAACGACGGAAUCAACUUGGAAAGAUUGGAAACUAUAGGAGACAGUUUCUUGAAAUUUGCUAUAACAGCGUAUUUGUAUUGCGCUUUACCCGCUGUGCAUGAAGGAAAACUAUCACAUAUGAGAAGCAAGCAGGUUUCAAAUUUGAAUCUAUAUCGUCUGGGUCGCAACAAACGUCUCGGCGAGCGUAUGAUCGCGUCUAAGUUUGAGCCUCAUGAUAACUGGUUGCCGCCUUGUCACAAACCGCCGCCUACUUUACAAAAUCAUGGUGACUUGAAGGAUGGAGACAGCGAGCCGCAAGUAGACAGCAGCGGCUGUUUUAUACCUUACAACCUAAUAACAGAACAUAGUAUACCAGAUAAAUCGAUAGCUGAUUGUGUAGAAGCGUUGAUAGGUGCGUAUUUAUUAGAGUGUGGUCCACGAGGCGCCCUAUUAUUUAUGUCUUGGCUCGGCAUAACAGUAUUACCUACACACACGGUGGAAUUACCGGAUAAUCAUCCGUUUGUGGUCAAAAUGGGAAAUAAACAAGAUGACAAACAUAUAGAUGUAAGAGAUGAAGAAGAUGAUGCUUGGUGUUGGGAAGGAAGACCGCCCGGGAGCUUGAAACCUUAUAAAGAUAAAGACGGGCGGUGGGUGCAGACAAUCUACGGUGCGUUGAAAUCACCUCCGUCCCCACUUCUAAGAUACAUCGAAGAUCCAGAAGGAGAGUUGGAACGAAUGCUAUCAGGUUACGACGCGUUAGAAGCUACGUUGCAAUAUCGUUUCCGUGAUCGUUCGUUGCUACUAACUGCGCUAACGCACGCGUCGUGUCACAAUAACACACUCACAGACUGCUAUCAGAGAUUGGAGUUUUUGGGAGACGCUAUUCUCGAUUAUCUAAUAACGCGUCAUCUAUACGAGGAUCCUCGCCGCCACUCUCCGGGCGCGCUCACCGACCUCAGAUCAGCUCUUGUCAAUAACACGAUCUUCGCUACACUAGCGGCGAGACACGGCUUUCACAAAUACUUCCGCCACAUGUCUCCCGGCCUCAACGAAGUGUUGACGAAGUAUGUUAAAAUUCAAGAAGAGAAUGGACACUCCAUUAGUGAAGAGCAUUAUCUUAUACAAGAGGAUGAGAUGGAGCAAGCAGAGGACGUAGAAGUACCGAAAGCUCUUGGAGACUUGUUUGAGUCUGUCGCUGGGGCUAUAUUUCUUGAUUCUGGUAUGUCCUUAGCGGCCGUAUGGAGAGCAGUAGGCGGCCUGCUGCGUGCCGAGCUAGACGCGUUCAGUGCGGCCGCUCCGAAGUCACCUGUGAGAGAACUAUUAGAAGCUGAACCAGAUACAGCCAAGUUUGGUAAACCUGAACGUCUAGCCGACGGUCGUCGUGUGCGUGUGUGUGUUGAAGUGUUCGGUCGAGGUUCCUUUAAAGGUGUGGGUCGUAACUACCGCAUCGCUAAGGGUACAGCCGCGAGGUGCGCGCUACGGCACUUGCGGUCUGUGAGACCGAGAUGA